AGUCAAUGGGGCGGCAGCGGCCGCGGCGGAGCGCAGCACGGGCCGGGGCCGCGGGCCGGGGGCCGGCAUGGCGGGGCUCUGAGGCGGCGCGGCGGCGAGGGGCGGCGGCGCGCCCCGGCAUGGGCAGCCGCGGGGCCCGGCAAUGAGCGCUCCUCCGGCCGCGACCCCCCGCGCGAAUAUGGGCACAGCCGUGUCCAAAAGGAAGACGCUCAGGAACGAGGCCAUGUCGUCCGUAGCGGCCAAAGUGAGAGCGGCAAGGGCUUUUGGAGAAUACCUUUCACAAAACCAUCCUGAAGGCAGAAACGGCUCAGAUCACCUGCUAGCAGACUCCUACAUCGGGCAGGAGGACUCCCCUGAGAUGCAGCAGGUGGCCCAGAACAAGCGCAGGCUCUCGGUCAUCUCGGACGGCAAAUUCGAAAGGAGCUUCACGGAGGAGCAGGCGGAGAAGAUGCCGAGCGAGGGCCCCAAGCCACGAGUCUACACCAUCUCCGGCGAGAGGCCGAUGCUGUCGGAGCACGAGAGCGACAGCAUGGAACUGGUGGUGAUGAAGGGGGCUGCCCACGAGGAGUGUCACCACGGCCACCACGCGCACGGCGCCGGCGGCUCGCACGGCGUCCGGCACUGCAAGGCCUGGCCGGGCGGCCGCCAGGGCUCCAAGGAGUGCCCCAACUGCACCAGGCUGGCUGCCCCUUCCCAGCAGUCCAUUGAGCUGGAGCAGCACCCGCCUGGCGAGGCUGGGUGGCACAGGAAAAGGCUGGAGAGGAUGUACAGCGUCGAUCGAGUGUCUGAUGAUGUCCCCAUACGAACCUGGUUCCCAAAAGAGAACCUCUUCAGUUUUCACACUGCUACUACAACUAUGCAAGCCAUCUCGGCGUUCAGGGGCUACGCAGAGAGGAAGAGACGGAAACGAGAGAAUGAUUCUGCAGCUCUUAUCCAGAGGAAUUUUCGGAAGCACCUCCGCAUGGUGGGGAGCCGAAGGGUUAAAGCACAAACAUUUGCCGAACGGCGUGAGAGGAGCUUCAGCAGGUCCUGGAGUGACCCGACUCCCAUCAAAGCUGAUUCCUUCCAUGACUCUCGAGAAAGCCAUGACCUUCAGGAUUCCUGCGGGACUCUGGAUGGUGACUUUGACUUGAACUGGGAAGCAGAAAAGGAACUUGAAGCCAUGGCAUGUGACGGAGAAGACUUUAUUCCACCAAAAAUAAUGCUCAUUUCUUCCAAGGUCCCCAAAGCAGAGUAUGUCCCAACAAUUAUCCGCAGGGACGACCCCUCCAUCAUCCCCAUCCUCUACGACCACGAACACGCCACCUUUGAUGACAUCCUGGAGGAAAUAGAGAAGAAACUUAACAUUUAUCGGAAAGGCUGCAAAAUCUGGAAGAUGCUGAUAUUUUGCCAGGGAGGCCCCGGGCACUUGUACUUGUUAAAGAACAAAGUCGCCACUUUUGCCAAAGUGGAGAAGGAGGAAGAUCUGAUCCUCUUCUGGAAGAGGUUGAGCCGGCUGAUGAGUAAAGUCAAUCCUGAACCAAAUAUCAUUCACAUCAUGGGCUGCUAUGUUCUUGGAAACCCCAAUGGGGAGAAGCUAUUUCAGAAUCUGAAAAACUUAAUGAAUCCUUAUAGGGUUGCCUUUGAGUCUCCACUUGAACUAUCAGCUCAAGGUAAGCAAAUGAUUGAGACUUACUUUGACUUCCGCCUUUACCGCCUCUGGAAGACCCGCCAGCACUCCAAACUAUUGGAUUAUGAUGACAUUUUAUGAGCUGGAGAAGACUUUGCAAGAGGAAGCUCAUCACCAGUGUCCAAGAAGUCAUGCUUUAUUGCAGAGAGACUUUUUUAUUGGCACAGGGAGCCCUUCACAGCCCUACGGGAGGCAGCAGUGCUAAAGGGAGGGAAGGAGGAGCCCUCGGAAGUGUCGGGAGGAAAAGUCUCCUGGGCCAAGAGAGACUGGAGGGAAGGGGGUGACAGUGACACCUCGCUGGCCUCAGUCCGAGCCCUGGGGCCUCGGGAGGAGCUGUGUGAAACGAGAACAGGAUGGAGUUCCUGGCAGAACUGAGCUGUUUUGGGUCAGAAUGGGCCAGAUUUGAUUCCAGGUCCUUUUAAAGACUUUUGAAGCUCAGGUUUUCUUACAAAAAAAACCCACCACAAACCCAUUUAACCCAUGCACUACAGUGAAGAAGUCACCAGAGCACAGAGGGAGCAGGGGGUUGUCCUGGUGGGACUUUCUGUGCUGGGAGUCCUGGAGAGCAAGGACUGCUACACCUACUCCUGCAAGCUUAGAGCAAGAUGAUCCCGUUUCCAUGUGAAUAUAUACUGGGAUAUAGAAUUGAAAUCUUCUUUUUUGUUUGUUUAAUAGAAAAUAAGUGCAAUUUUUAUAGCGAGGGAGGGGGUAAAAUCCCUCCCGAUAUUUAAUUAGUUAAAAAUAACACACCAUAACCAAUAGAUGAGAUAUUUUUGGUCUGCUUGAAAAUAUAUUCAGAACGGUAAUAUAUCUUCUGUAGACAUAUUUAAUCACCAGCAAACAUGGUUUUAACAUAAGUUAGCAGACCUUGCAUGUCUGCUGCAUUGGUUUGGUUCCUUUCAGAGUAGCUGUGCUGCACUACCUGUAUGUGCUCUCACGAAUGUAUAGUUCUCCUAGAGUUAGCCACAACUUCAUUACUUUAUAUUUUGCUGCUUGCAAAACUAUGGAACUUUAGUUUUGCUGAAAUAUUUUAGGUUAGAAACACGGGACCUGGCUGGGAAGCCUCCGUCAGGUUCGCUUUGGUAUAAAAAUGAAUUAGAAAUUAAUAGCCAUGGUAAUUAAUUGUUGAUGCCAGUGUUUUGCUGUGUGUUGGGAGAGGAGCUCUCUUCCUGUGUGGGGACCCCUCUGAGGGGGCUGAGCACUGAGGCAUUUGGGAGAAAUGCUUCUGGAGGGACACAGCUCAGACUUGGAGCAUGAGUUUGACUCUUCUCUGUUCACUUGAUUGCCAGUUUGUUUGUGCAUAACCCACCCCUUUUUUCCAUGACCUGUUUCUUGGUCUGAGCUGCUCAGCCCCUUCCCUUGUAGGACAGAGAAAACCCCAAGCUCUGUCAGAGCAGCCUGAGAGCCCAGGUCUGUGCUUGAUACUUGAUGGUAUCUUUUGGAAUCUAUUUAUUUUUGUUUGGUUAGGUAAGGGGGUGCUUUUUCUGCUUUGGGAAUGGGGCUUUUUUCACAUUCUGCUGUCCUUUCAGAGGACAAAUAGUGCUUAGAGUCUGUGUAGGUCAUUGGCAAUUCUGGGAGGUGACACAAGUUAUUUCUUCUACAAGCAAAGGAAGUAACAGGGAAGGAUUACCUUAAUUUCCUGAUUUUCUGGUAUCUCAAAUUUGUUGAUUGUGAAGUGAAGGAAAAUACAUGUACAAAUCUUUUAACUACUUACAAAGAGAACUUGGUGUUCUGAUCUGUAGAGUCCUCCUUUCCCUGUGCCAUACCUGUGGUUGUGAUUUUGGGGAGCAGGCUCCUGCCUAGAACUGCUGAACCCUUUACAUUUAGAGCAGUUUUAUAGCAAAACUUUGGAAGAAAUAAUGUACAUACAUUAAGGAAAGGAAUAGAAUAGGUGGAGAGAGGUAGUUUAAAGUCACUGAAAGCCACACAGACAGGUGUGGGCUGUUGCCUCCCCCAGGCUGGGAGCUUUGGUAGCCACAUCUCAUCCCUGGACUCAGGUUUGCCAGAUGUGACGGGGAGAACAGGCACCAGUCUGUAGCUUUUGGAAGAAAAUGCUAGAAGGAAAUGAUAGAAAAGAAAAAGAUCCCCAAAUUUAUGCCAAUUACUGUUUAACACUUGAGCUUCCACCAGCUCUGUGGUGAGAGGUGGGAGCCAGAGGUGCAGUGAAAGCACAAAGUCAUGUUAUCUGGAGAAGGAAAUGGUUGUGGGAGGAUUAAAAUGCUGACAAAACUCUCUCCCUUUCUGACCCUUUCACCUCCUAACUGGAGACAGGCAAACAGUUCUCCCUUUCUCAAAUCCCAAUUCAGUGAACUUGGUAGCAUGAAUGUAGCAUUGUGGAACUAUUGCAAAUCUUAUUUAACCCCCAAAGGGCCCAUUUAUGUAUCCACUUGAGUGAUUUCUCUGUAAAACUAUUGUAUAUCCUCACUGACCACUUGUACUUGGGGUGCAAAGUAGAAGGUAGAUUGUACAGUAAUUUCUGUGUGGAAAUGGACACUAUGGACUGUUCUGGUGCAGUUUAUGGGAUUGACAACUGAUGAAUGCAUUUCCCUCCAAAGAUCUAUAUUCCUCAUAGCUUGUGCUGUUUAUGACAUGAACAUAUUUUUUCCUUUGUAGCAUUCAUUUGCCUGAAGAGAUGAAAUUCUCUCAGAGCUGUGACUGGAAUAGAGUUGUGAUGUUUCAUGUCCUGUGUGAGGCAGCAUCCUUGGACUUAACCACUGCUGACAGAGGAAAACGCUUUUAUUCCCCUUUUUCACUGGUGGAGUUUUUCAGGUGGCUGCUGGGAAAGGAAAGGGGUCAGCAGAGGCAAAUAAAAAUUGCAAUUAUUUAAACUUUACAAGUAAAAAUACGGCCUGGAACUUCCUCAGUCAGACCAGCCUGUAAAGGAUGAGCCCAGCAUGGUCCCAGCCAGGACAGCUCCAAGGCCCAGCGUGUUCCUCACCCCCUGUGCUCCUGCAGCAUCCUCCAGAGGUUCUGGGGCUGCCUGCAGUGCCCUGGGGCACACAGGACAAUCUGUAAUUCCACUCCUGCCUGUUCCUUCAGCUCUCACCACCCUGCUCUCGGGGUGUGUCUGAAACCAGUUCUCUCCUGUGCCCGUGGCAGUUCCGUGUGCCUGGGCUGGGUGAGGGGUGAGCAGCUCCUGUCCCAGGGAACUGCUGCUCUGGAAAUGCCUUCAGCAGGGGCAGGAGAGUGGGGACACCUGCUUCACUUGGAGAGAAGCAGAUUAAACCCAAUUAAUUUUGAAUUGCUGUUCAGCAGAGUUUGUGCUGCCCUUGCUGGAGGCAGUGUUGGAUGUGACCCCCAGCCCUGGCCUGGGUAAAUGUGUUAUCACAGCUGUUAAAUGCGAUAAUUGUGUUAUGGCCCGGGCUGGCAGUGUCACCUCCAGGAGGGGAUGGUGGCAGGAAGGUGCUCAGCUGUCCCAGCCCUGCUCCUCAGCCUGGCUCUGUGCUGGGAGUGGCCCCAGGAUGUUCACUCAGCUGGAGAGGCCUGGGGGAUCACAGGCUCUGUGGAUGUGCCACUUCCAGAGAGGCUUUUUUCUUUUCCUCUUCUUUGGCUGGGAAGGAAAGGGAGGAAGAAAAUUCAAGUUACCCAUGGGAUGUAGAAAUAGGUAAAAACAAAGCUUUUUGCACCUCUGCUCAUGCUGCAGCCACCAGCUUCCCCUUGCAGCUGACCUCCAGACCUGGGGUGGGAAACACAAAUUCCCAGAUAAUCCCUUCCUGUGUUAAAAAAACAAAAGCAGAAAAAUCCUCGUAGCUCCCAGCAAAACACCUGAGUGUAAAAGGCACCCAGCCAGCUCAUCCUGCCCGUGUGAGGACUCUGCUGUGGGAUCCCAACCUGCUCCCACCUCUGAAGCCACCAGAGCCUGUGGAGGGGCUCGGCAGGAAACUCCAGGAAGGAAUUCAUUCAUUCCUCAGCCUGGGCUUGCUGCCUGGAGCUCAGCACAGGGUUCCUGUUUGCAGUGGUGUGUCCAUGUGCUCCCCUGUCCUCAGCCCAGGCUCUGUCCCUGCUCUGUGUGCAGGGAAUUGUGAGCAGUGCUCGGGAUCCUGGCACGGAUCCACUCCUGCAGCUCCUGCCCUGCUGACCUGUGCCUGGCAGUUCCUGUUCCCAGGCUGUGCUGGCAGGGCUCAGCACCCUCAGCAGCACAAGUGGGGUUGGCUGCAAGAAUGGAAAAUGCUGGUUACAAACAGCCAGCCUGGCAGGAUCUGGGAACAGGAGCGUGUCCUUAGUCCUGGCCCCAUUCUUAAUCCUGCUGGAGGUGGAAUUCCAGGCUCUCUCAGUCUGACUGUAAAUGUUCAGCCUCUCACAAGCUGGUUUGAGUCACACUUGGAUAUUAUUAAUGUCUUAGUCCAGGGUAAGGUAGUGUAUGAGUGAGAAAAUCCUUCCAGGGCCCUUGCAGUUGGCAGCUGCUCUCAGAACCCUCCACCAGGGAUGUGCUGGGCUGUGUUCUCCUCGGGGAACCGGGCCCUGCUGCCAGGUGGGCUCAGGAAAAGCUCAGCUCAGCUCAAGCUGAGUUGCUCUGUGCUCUGGGUUUUGCUGUGCCAGUCCCUGGAGCUAGGGCCAGCCCUUCCCGAGGAUCCCAGUGUCCUCCCAAGGGCUAUUGAGGGGUGAUACCAUUUUCCACAUCAUCUGUAAAGACUUUGUGAUCCUGUAUUUUGUCCCACUGACUACAGCCUAUCCCUGGCUUUCUGCAUCUUCCACGGACGUGUUUUUUAAUUCUCAUUCUGGAAACACAAGCCAAAGUCAACUGGAAACUGUUACUGGCAAGUCAGCCUGGUUCUGACUCCCCUGUGGGAGCUGAGGGAGUAAAUGGGUGGUUUGAGAGCCGUGACCCUGAUUGGGAUCAUUGUUAUUCCCAGGUGAUCCUGCUGUGUCAUCGGCACAGGUAAUGGGAAAUAACCUCUUGCUGGGGCAGUGCAUGAUCUAUCAAAAAGCACCAGGAACCAGCAGCAGCUUUGGUUCAGAAAUAACUCCAGCCCAAUUUACUGCCAGUCAGUGUGAGAAAUGUAAAGACCGAAAGGAAUAAACAUUGUGGACAUUAAAUGUAAAGAAUCUGUCUGAAGAGAAACUACAUUGCUUUUUUCCAUAAAUGUUUAGUAAAUAUUAAAGAACUAAUGCAACCUAA